UAAACAUUUUAAUAUGAAAAUUAUUUAGAUAAGAGAAAUAAAAAUACCUUAGAAAAUAAUACAAGUCUUUCUUUUCGUCGUCGAAUGUACGUAUAUCACAAAAAUUCGGCCUCAAUUUUCUUCUUCUCUCGAAUAUUUGGAUGGAUACUGCAAUUUCCUCAGAACAAAACUUCUUCCUCAGAACUUCUAAACUAACGUGCACAUUAUGUCUAGAUUAUGGCAUCAUGUACAAAUAGAGUGCGUAUUCUCGUUGGAAGCAAGAAUCAGCAUUAUAGUAACAGAAAACAAUAGAUAGAAUUGACUCAUGAUUUUUUCUAUUGUUCUCUCUUUCUAAUACUGGUCUUCUCUCCAAUAAGAACGCAGACUGCGCACAUAGGGUAUAGAUCACCCAAUCACGAACAAGCGCGCAUUGCGCGGUCGAUGCGCUCUAUGUAUCACGCGAUUUUUAUUACCAGUGAUUAAUAUACCUUGCAACUACGGCCAUACUGGAUUAUUUUGCAUAGAUCUUCGAUCUUUGACUUCGACACGUGCCUCAUCAUAAAAGAACAUAUAAAUGUCUGAAGAAAUGGAAAAAAAAAGAUAUUUCAACAACAAAUGGAACAACACGAAGAGGAUAUAAAAGAUGCAAUUAAAGAAGAUGCUCGCAUAAGUAAAGAAGAUUUACAGUUAGCUCAAGUUGCCGCUAAUAUGGAAAUGGCUCAACCCAUGACUACGAAGGAAAAACAACAGCAACAUGAACGUUAUAGAGAUAUGACUAAAGAAGAUAUUCGAAUAACUAGAGAAGAUAUGCAAUUGGCUGAAAUUGCCGCUAAAUUAGAGACACAACAACAUCAGCAGCGUGCUGAACGUCAUAUAACUCAAACUGCUGCGAAAUCAGAGACACAGCAGCGUGAACGUCAUAGAAUUAUUGUAAAAGCUAAUCAAACCCCGAGACAACCGAUAUGGUCGGCAGAAAUAUCGCGUUCAAAAGAUCAAGAAGAUCAAUUAAAAAUAAAAGAUAACAAAAUAAUAUUAUUAAGAAGUGAGUUGAAUAAAUUAAAAAGACAAUUGGCGGCAAACACGCCUCCCGUAUCCUCCCCAUCACCAGCACAAGCACAAGCGCAAGCACCAGAAAAUUUACAAGAUCAUAAUAUAUCACAGGAUAUACAAGUUGUACCUCAUAGAUGGGCACGAGCGGGUAGAAACCGCGGCCGAGGAUAUAAUAGACGAGGCGGCCAAAAAUCCAAUGUUUUUAAUAUUUCCUUAUAUUAGUUUUAUAACUUGUAAAGUUGUAAAACUAAUAUAAGGAAAUCCUAUAAAAUCCUAAAGUAUUAGUUGCUAAUAAGUUUAUUAUAUGU